UUUAUUACUCCAAAGCAGAGGAUUGGCUUGCUUCUUCUGAAAAAGACCGAUUUUCGGUAUCAAGUGCUAGAUGAAUUCAGUGACGGCCAACGAAAGGAAUUAAAAGCCAAUGAUCUCCGCCUUUAUCCAGUGAAGAGAAAGCCGAUCACAACCAAAUGCACAAGUCACAACCCCACAAUAUCACAUGAGAAUUCACAAUCAAAUCACAGACUCACAUUAGAAUUCACACCUUUACAAGUGCAGGGAAUUCACAGACUCAAAUUAGAAUUCACAACUUUACAAGUGCAGGGAAUUCACAGACGAAUUCCACCAUCAACCAAGAAUAGGCAAUUAACCUCCCAAAACCAGAUCAAAUUCCAGAGUCAAACGAAAAAAAUCAUCAAAACAGAAAGUGUUCAGAUAACACACGUCACAGACCAAAGGAAGGAGUGUGAAAGUCACAAGUCACCUUGCAAGCUGCCGAUAAACACGUCGAACGAGAGGAAUGUCGAGUCGUCUGAAAAGGCAAGA